CCAUUCAUCUCCCAAAUGAUAUAUUGUUCCCUGCUAUUAAAGAGAUACAGAUAAAAUUGGAGGGUAAAUUGUGGAUCAUAAUUCAACAACCAACAAAGUACCCAAUUGAAAUCAUAUUGACAAAUCAACAACAAACAUAGCAUCCCCCCAUUUCUGGGCAUUUUCCAUAGCGGUUUUUCUCGUGUGAGAGUUCUUCCUUCACUUUUCACCCUUCUUCUUCUCUCCUAUUUCAGUAACCUAAAUCUUUCCUUCUUCUAUUGGACUCUUCCAUAAACCCCAUUCCCCACUGCUGUUCAUGGAUUUGCUUCCCGCCGAGACUUCUCACGCAAUCAAACAUCGUUUCAGGUCUCUCAAAUUGGUUACUAUCGAUUUGAACGCUACCCUUUCCGAGCAUCCCUAUGGUGUUCGCUAUGGCCAGCUUCAUAAUGGCUUGUCUUAUUAUGUUCGAUCCAAUUCCAAGCCCAGAAUGAGAGCGGCUCUUGCGCUUGCUGUCAAGGCCGGAUCAGUUCUGGAAGAGGAGGAUGAGCGUGGAGUUGCUCAUAUAGUUGAGCACCUUGCUUUCAGUGCCACAAAGAAAUAUACAAAUCAUGAUAUUGUCAAGUUUCUUGAAAGUAUAGGAGCGGAAUUUGGAGCUUGUCAAAAUGCAGCCACAUCUGCUGAUGAUACAGUAUAUGAGUUAUUUGUACCAGUUGAUAAGCCAGGACUAUUAUCUCAAGCCAUAUCAAUACUUGCUGAAUUCAGUUCUGAGAUUCGAGUUUCUCAAGAUGAUUUGGAAAAAGAAAGAGGGGCUGUUAUGGAAGAAUACAGAGGGAACCGCAAUGCUACAGGAAGGAUGCAGGAUGCACAUUGGGCUCUGAUGAUGGAAGGUUCAAAGUAUGCUGAUCGCUUACCAAUUGGCUUGGAAAAAGUAAUUAAAACUGUGUCUGCUGAGACUGUGAAGAAAUUUUACAGGAAGUGGUAUGAUCUGCAUAAUAUGGCAGUGAUCGCAGUUGGAGACUUUUCUGAUACUGAGAGUGUUGUUGAGAUGAUAAAAGAGCAUUUUGGGCAUAUACAAUCUGCAUGUGAACCUCCCCAUGUACCAACGUUUCCUAUUCCAUCACGUGAAGAGCCACGUUUUUCCUGUUUUGUUGAAUCUGAAGCAGCUGGGUCAGCUGUUAUGAUUAGCUACAAAAUGCCAGCAGACGAGCUGAAGACAGUGAGAGACUACAGAAAUUUACUUGUAGAAUCCAUGUUCCUUCAGGCACUAAAUCAAAGAUUUUUCAAAAUAUCUCGUGGCAAGGAUCCUCCAUUUUUUUCAUGCUCAGCUGCAGCAGAUCCUGUUGUUCUUCCACUGAAAGCUUUUAUAAUGAGCUCAUCCUGUAAGGAAAAAGGAACUGUGAAGGCACUGGAAUCUAUGCUGACUGAGGUUGCAAGAGUACGACUGCAUGGGUUUUCAGAACGUGAAAUAUCUAUCGUUCGAGCUCUACUGAUGUCAGAGAUUGAAUCUGCCUAUUUGGAACGUGAUCAGAUGCAAUCAACAAAUUUGCGAGAUGAAUAUUUGCAGCAUUUUCUACGGAACGAACCUGUGGUUGGGAUUGAGUAUGAGGCCCAGCUUCAAAAAACUCUUCUACCUCAUAUAUCAGCAACAGAAGUAUCCAAGUAUUCAGCCAAGUUAACAUCAUUGUGCAGCUGUGUCAUCAAGAUAAUAGAGCCCCGUGCUUCUGCAACCAUUGAUGAUUUAAAAAAUGUUGUCAUGAAUAUCACCUGUCUUGAGAAAGAGAGAGGCAUUACUCCUUGGGAUGAAGAAAACAUCCCCGAGGAAAUUGUCAGUACCAUGCCAAAUCCAGGGAAUAUUGUGCAGCAGAAAGAAUAUCCAAAUAUUGGCGCUACUGAAAUAUUUCUAUCCAAUGGCAUGCGAGUGUGCUACAAGUGUACAGACUUUCUUGAUGAUCAGGUAAUAUUUACAGGGUUCUCUUAUGGGGCCUUAUCUGAACUUCCAGAGAGAGAGUAUAGUUCUUGCUCCAUGGGUUCAACCAUUGCUGGAGAAAUUGGAGUGUUUGGUUAUCGACCUUCUGUACUGAUGGAUAUACUGGCCGGUAAGAGAGCGGAAGUUGGUACAAAGCUUGGAGCCUAUAUGAGAACCUUUUCCGGUGAUUGUUCACCGUCGGAUCUGGAAACUGCCCUGCAGCUUGUUUAUCAAUUAUUCACGACAAAUGUGAUACCAGGGGAAGAGGAUGUCAAAAUUGUAAUGCAAAUGGCGGAAGAAGCUGUUCGUGCUCAGGAGAGGGAUCCUUAUACUGCAUUUGCAAACCGUGUGAAGGAGCUUAAUUAUGGAAACUCCUACUUUUUUAGGCCAAUUAGGUUAAGUGACCUUAAGAAAGUUAAUCCACAAAGGGCCUGUGAAUAUUUCAACAAGUGUUUCAGAGAUCCUUCCAAUUUUACUGUUGUAGUUGUUGGGAAUAUUAAUCCUUCAAUAGCACUUCCUUUAAUACAGCAGUAUUUGGGUGGAAUACCAAAACCUCCUGAACCUAUUAUGAACUUCAAUCGCGAUGACCUAAAAGGCUUGCCAUUCAAGUUUCCUACAAGCAUAGUUCGAGAAGUGGUAUAUAGCCCGAUGGUUGAAGCCCAAUGUUCAGUUCAGCUAUGCUUUCCAGUGGAGCUUACUAAUGGAACCAUGGUUGAGGAAAUUCAUUACGUAGGGUUUUUGAGCAAAUUGCUUGAGACUAGAAUGAUACAAGUUCUGCGUUUCAAGCAUGGGCAGAUCUAUUCUGCUGGUGUUUCAGUAUUUCUUGGAGGUAACAAACCUUCAAGAAUUGGUCCUGUUCGUGGUGAUAUUAGCAUAAACUUUUCUUGUGACCCAGAAAUCUCAUCGAAGCUGGUUGAUCUUGCAUUGAAUGAAAUAUUACGUCUUCAAGAAGAAGGGCCAACGGAUCAAGAUGUUUCAUCUAUCCUAGAGAUUGAACAGAGGGCUCAUGAAAAUGGACUGCAGGAGAAUUAUUACUGGCUGGACAGGAUUUUACGCAGCUACCAGUCAAGGAUAUACUCGGGUGAUGUUGGAUCAUCUUUUGAGAUUCAGGAUGAGGGACGUUUGAAUGUCAGAAAUUCAUUGACACCAUUGACAGCACAGUUGGCACUACAGAGGAUACUUCCAUUUCCUUGCACAAAACAGUACACUGCAGUAAUUCUAUUGCCAGCAUCCUAUCGGUUCAGGAAACUGAAAUCAUUCUUACGACUUGGUCUAUCAAAUCCUGGAAGAGACUCAAAGAUUUUAGUCGGCCUAGCCAGUGUAGCAGUUUUGACUUUCAGCUUAUGGAGAUAUUGGAGUACUAACAAAUCCUAGGUUAAAUUCAUUGCGCUUUGGGUUGUAUCAAGUUACAUUCUUCCCGUACAUAUUGUGAUGAAUUGUUGAGAAUGAGGGACAUCAACGGAGCUAAAAUUGUACAAAUGGAGGUUCCAGAUAUCUUCGGCUAGAAGUGUAAUUUACGGCAUCACCAUUCACCGCUGACUUAGAAGACACAAGAGCUGAUAUUAUCCAAUAUCUCUGUGGAAGAAAUUAUUGUAAUAGAUUGGAGAGGCAAUGGCCAGACUCAUAAUUACCUGCAACAUUUGGAGAUUCUUUCAAGUUGGGGUCUUCAUUUGCUUCUUGUUUAACCCAUUCAUUUCUUCGACUGGAGGUUUCUCAUCUGUCUUUACAUUUGUUAUAGAUUUGGACAUAGUUUGUUUUCUCUCAUCUUUGUAUUUCUACUUCUCUAGACUUUACCUAGUUACGGAGCUUUCCAUAGAGAUGCAUCUUUACCUAGUUGAACCUGUUUAGAUUGACAACCAUUUGAUCCUCUCUAUUGUUGAUUUUGUUUCACCUUUUCUUCCUUGAUAAGUGAAAACAAUAGUAGAAAUGAGUAUUUUUUUUUUA